AUGCCCAUGGACCCAUACAAAAGCUCAAAGCACUCCAAUCACAACUACCGUAGUAGAUACAAUGGCCAUACCAGAUAUCUCACCCAUGGGAGAUAUAAUAGGUCUAUGGGCUACCGCAGGAGGGACAUUGUUCGCAGAUACAGCCCCUAUCGACGCAGGGACUACCGCCAAAAACCCAGUAGAUCCAGGUACAGGCAUUCCCCUUACCGCCACAAGUAUUAUAAUCGCCAUAGGAGAGGUGGCAACAGCGGUGAUUCUCACCAGACUAAAAAAGAGUCUGAUGACAGGGACCAGAUCAACCACUUCAAAUGGGAUGAGGGUAUGGAGCUCGACGGAAGGUACAUUGUUAAACACAAAAUGGGUGACGGAACUUUUGGUAGGGUUUUAUAUUGUCAAGAUAAGAAAACAAACCGGAACGUGGCUAUUAAGGUUGUUAGGGACGUUGAAAAAUAUGCGAGUUCCGCAAAAAUAGAAGCUAAUCUUCUUUUUGACAUAAAAAAAAUAGACCCAGAAGGCAAUAGCAAAUGUGUUGUUUUGCACGAUAUCUUCCACCAUGGACGACAUAUUUGCCUUGUGUUCGAAGUUUUGGGAUCUUCGUUGUACGAUUUUUUGGUACAAAACAAUUUCAAGGGAUACUUUAUCCGCGAUAUCCAAGAAAUUGCAAGACAGACUUUACAAAGUUUGGCAUUCCUCAGAAAAGUAAAGAUUGUUCACACCGAUUUGAAGCCUGAGAACAUUUUGUUUACAUGCCGUUCGGAUGAGUAUGAAAUUUGCAGGGAUCCCAGAUCAUCAUUCUCUAGGGGUUUCACUAAGAGGCCUUGCUCGGCGGAUGUCAAAAUUAUAGACUUUGGGAGUGCAAUAUACGUGGACGAAUACCACAGCCCAUUGAUCAACACUAGACAAUACAGGUCUCCUGAGGUUAUUCUGGAUAUAGGAUGGUCGUUCGCCAGUGACGUUUGGUCGCUAGGUUGUAUUCUAAUUGAGCUCUACACAGGGAAGUUACUUUUUGGCACACACGAUCACUUGGAGCAUCUAGCUAUGAUUGAAUCCACCAUUGGACGACUUCCAGCCAAUGUAAUCAAAGACGCCAGUAAGACAUCAGGUAGUAAGUACUUAAAUCGCGAUUGCACGGGCCUAAACUGGCCAAAUGGAGCUAAGAGUUCAUCAUCAUUGAGGCGUGUAAAGGAUUGUGUACCAGUAUCCAAAUUAGUGCUACCUGUACACAAAAAAUUUGCCGAUUUCAUUGAAUAUCUCUUGGAAAUGGAUCAGUACAAGCGUCCCAUCCCAGAACAGGCUAUGUCACACCCGUUCCUUAUGGAUUAUCUGUCCGAAAAUUGA